UUUCAGAGACAACAUGCCUGAACCCGCCAAGUCUGCGCCCAAGAAGGGCUCCAAGAAAGCCGUCACCAAAACCACCGGUAAAGGAGGCAAGAAGAAGAGAAGGACCAGGAAGGAGAGCUACGCCAUCUACGUCUACAAGGUGCUCAAGCAGGUCCAUCCCGACACCGGGAUCUCCUCCAAGGCCAUGAGCAUCAUGAACUCCUUUGUCAACGACAUCUUUGAGCGCAUCGCCUCUGAGGCCUCCCGUCUGGCUCACUACAACAAGCGAUCCACCAUCACCUCCAGGGAGAUCCAGACCGCAGUGCGCCUCCUGCUGCCCGGUGAGCUGGCCAAGCACGCCGUGUCUGAGGGAACCAAGGCUGUCACCAAGUACACCAGCUCCAAGUAGACCGGCUAAUGCUGUGAAAACAA